GAAUGAAAUUUCAAAUCAAAAUUUAUCUACUUUUAUUGACAAUAAUAUUUGGGGAAAAGCUCUUUAUCUACCAUUAUUGGGAGUUAACAAAAUGGCUGUUGACAACAAUGAAGUUCUUGCACUUCACGAAGAAAAAGAUGUGAAAGCAGCAAUCAAAGAAUUUGAUGAGCUUACUCUUGAUCUUCCAAUUCCAACAAACUAUAAUAUUGUUGCAUGA